GAAAGAGAAUAAGACCGGGAGAAGAAAGAAGAGAAGAAGAAAACGAAAGAACCCAAAAAAGAAGAGAGAGAGAGAAAGACAAAUAAAAGAGAGAGAUAAAAAAAAAUAAAAAAAAAACAAGUAUAAGAGAAGAGGAUUAAAAAUCGAAGCCAAAUGAUCCUCCAAUUCCUCUUUAUCCACUUUCUUCGCCUCCUGUUUCUGUGGCGCCACGUCGAUGCAGCAGGGGUUCCAGUGUUGCCAAGCCUGCUGCCUGUGAUGACGACGACUCUGGUAGGCCCGGCGGAGGAGCAGGCGGAGGAUAGGCCUACCCCCCGGGCCGUGUUCACCUUGCAGAACAACACGGAGCUGCGGUCUCAAGUGGGGACGACGGCCGUGCUGCACUGCAUGGCCGAGCACGUGGGGGAAAACUUGGUAUCGUGGAUAAGGAGGCGGGAUUACCACCUCCUCACCGUUGGCACUCACCUCUACAGCAGCGACGACAGGUUCCAAGUUCGUUAUAUCAAGGAGAAGAACGACUGGCAGCUCCACAUCCGGUACGUGCAAGUGCGAGAUGACGGUGCCUAUGAGUGCCAGGUGUCAUCCCAUCCGCCCGUCAGCCUCUUCGCCACGCUGCGGGUCCUCGUCAGUUGUGCUGAAAGGGUUGCCCAGGCAGUGCCAGUGCUGCCUGGGAGCCUCUCUCUGCUGUUCUCUUGUAAAGCCACUGGUUCGGAGAUCUUAGGAGGCCCUGAGAAGUACAUCGACCUCCGGCUAGCUCGCUGGCAGAGCUCGUGUGCGUCUUGA